AGUCUCCUGUCAGAAUGAACGCUCUUUCUCUCCAAGCACCACCUCACGCACCCCGUAAAGCUUGGUGAUUCGCCUCACAGCGAAGUGCUGUGCGGCCUGUUUGCCUGCCCCAGGUCGCCCGCUUCGGUCUUCUAUUUCUGAACUUUUCCGUUCGCGGGCAGCUACUGCUUUCCUUGCAUGUCUGUCUUCGCCGAGUGGCACUGCAAACGCGCCCGCUUUCUGCCCCUUUAUGGACUCUUGCCCCCUCACGUUGCUGCUCGAAGGGCCCUUCUUUCUCCUCUCCGUAUUUGCCUCCCCCCCCCCCUCCCGUUGGCGAGAGGUGUAGGGCAAGCUUUGUCCCGCCGUGCUCUCGUAAUGGCACCGCCAGCAGCCAGCCCAUGCGUCGUGUGCGCACUCGCCGGCUAUCUUUUCCGUCCUGCCGCUGGCGUCACUGCUCUGUCCGGACCUCUCCGCACGUUCCGGCCUCCCGCGACCUACGCACGCUCGUCGCACUUCUCGAGCAGCCAUGUGCACUCAGUUGUCGGCGCCGGCUUGCCACUGCUGUAA